UAGGAUUGUUGAGCGAGUUCAUCGACCCUUCCUGAACGAAUAGUAAAAUCCAGUGAAGUCGACGACACGUUUCAUGUAGAGAUAGACACGCGCACAUUCGUACGAUAACGGACACACGCUUACUCUUAGAAAAGUAUGCCGUGACCUCGAACAAGGUCCCGUUAUCCAAAGCAAAGUCUUGAUCGUCUUCGUCCUCAGUCUUGACUCGGUAGUCAAGCAAAGAUGCUACUUCCUAUUCUUGCUUGUUUAAGCCUUUUAAUUGGUCACCGUGAACUUGUUCCUACGAACAAUGGAAUUAUCAUAGGGACAACAACUAUUUUUGGACUUGUCACGUUACCUUAUGGUUUUGCUGCUGGUCCUAGAUAUGUUCCAAAAUGGAAGAAACAAGCUUGUGAGAUUCCAGCGUCUCAGCAUCCAAAUUCUCAUUACGUUUGUGACGAAGCUGGUGAAGUGAAAUGUUUGCUAGGUUGGACCGGUGAUCUUUGUGAUGUACCAAUCUGUCGAAAAGGCUGCGAUCCCCUUCAAGGUUUUUGUCGACGUCCAGGUGAAUGCAGGUGCAAGAUCGGAUUCUACGGUGAGCUAUGCGACAAAUGUGUGGCUCUACCUGGUUGCCAGCAUGGAAGGUGUAACGUGAGUUUCGAAUGUGCCUGUGAUCCCGGAUGGAAAGGAUUGUUCUGUUCCGAACCGAUCUGUGCUCAGGAUUGUUUAUCGAGUCAAGGAUAUUGUAACAAGCCAGGAGAAUGCAGGUGCCGGUUAGGCUGGCAAGGACCAAAAUGCAAACAGUGCGCUGUUUUACCAGGAUGCGUUCAUGGAACUUGUCAAGGGCCACUGGAGUGUCGAUGUGAGCCUGGCUGGACUGGAUUAUUGUGUCAGACUCCCAUCUGCGCGCCAGGAUGUAGCAAAGAACACGGUGGAUGUCGUCGACCUGAUACCUGCAGAUGUCGUGUCGGUUGGACAGGUAAAAAUUGUACCGAAUGCGUACCAUAUCCAGGAUGUAUGCACGGUUCCUGUAAAAGACCAUGGGAAUGUAGAUGCGAAUCUGGUUGGUCCAGUGAUCUUUGCGACGAGAAAUUAACUUAUUGCGAGGAUCAUUCUGAUAUCUGUCGAAAUAACGGGACUUGUGUCAGCAUGACACCGGAAGACGGUGAUUACAGGUGUAUUUGUCCGAUCGGUUACAUUGGCCGUCAAUGUCAAAUUAAAACGACGGUACCGUCUACCGAGUUGACACCUCCCAUGCCGGAUCCUGGAUCAGAUUUAUCAAUCGAUCCGCAAAGAGUAUCGGUCAAGCCUGAACCCGUUGAAAAUGGAAAUGUCAGUGAGGAAAUGGAAACUGCCGAACCGCUAGGCCCUAUAGCGAUCACCGAUCCACCUUCGACCAUUGAUCCUUCGGCAACAGCAGGAAAAUGGCCGACUGAGUCACCAACCUAUUCACCAUCCAUCGAAGACGAUGAAGAAAACGAGACGUGAAACUCGAUACUUUUGCCUCUUUAUUUAUUUAUUUAUUUAUUCUUUUAUUUAAUCAUUCGUUCUCAUGAUUGCACACGCAUACAUAUUUAGAUAUUAUUUAGCCUAUAUCCGAUGUACCUACAUAUCUAUAUAUAAAAUGAAAGUUAUAUCAAUUGACGUGGGUAAACGAUAAUACGAUAUAAGCUUUGUUCGAAUAACUGUUCGGUAAACUGCGUGGGCGACGUGAGAGAGAUCGUUCGAAGAUUUUCCGCGUCCGCAAUCGCUUUCUCAAAAUUCGCUUGCAUCGCGGAUCAUGAUCGUUACUUUAUCUUCGACGGCUAGGUUGUAAAUGGUACAUACAUGUAUGGUAUUCAAAGGGGUACAACGCGCUGCAACGUUCGCCGUCACGCUUCAACGAUCACGCUCUGCCGAUUUAGCGAUACGUACAUAGUCAACUAUAUCUAUAGGGUGGUACAUUUCAAUGAAUAUACUUUAGUAUUUUAUUAUAUUCGUCAAAUUUAAAAUGGUCAUUUGGAAUAGUCAAGAAGAAAAUUGUACUUUUUAAAACUUGUCGUACAAACAUUUUUAAACAUUUUCCUUUUCUUUACAGAAAAAGAGAGAGAAUAAAAAAAUAACAUUAACAAUUCGUUAAUUUGAUGAAAUUAUUCCAUAAUGAAAAUGUAUAUUUUUACAAAAGUAAAUAUUAGUAUAGGUAACAUAUAAAAGAGUUCCUACUGAAAAAUGUGCCACCCAAUAUAAUCGAAGCGUGCAUCCAGAUCUCGCUACCCACGUAAUCCUAUCGACUUACAUAACACUUUUAACCAAGUCGUGCUGGCACACCAUGGUGCUGGUAAUCGGAACAGAGGACCCGGCGCCUCUCUUCUUUCACCAGACUGGAAUUGCUGCUUUCCACGCCCGAAUAACGAGCAAUGUCGAAGAAUUAAUGACCACCUUGUUUAUAACUGGAGCAAUUUUUUCUCAAGUUAAGUCCUGAUAAUAUAUAAUACAUAUACUUUUCAAUUUCUUAAAUACUCGAGAUCAUCGUUAUUUAUUCAUGAAAAUUAAGACAAAGAAAACUAUCAAGA